AUGCUUGUAACGCCACGACAGGACAGCUAUUCCAACAAUCUUAACAACAACAACAGUAUGAGCCUGAGCCCACAUCACCAUCGACAUCAUCAUUACGACGACGACAACAACAGUCUCCGUUCUCAGCUCACCGACCCAGCGGCAGGUAAAUGUUACUCCCCGAGGCCGGGCCACAAAGUGAAGCAACCACCUCACAUCAAUAUUUGCCCUCCGGAUGAGAGCACAACAUCGUCAGAACAAUACUCUAGGAAUGAAGAGCUGGACAACGAUAUGUUUCAGUCCCCACCGUCAAUGGUUACCCAGCCCACGACUUCGACAUCCAUAGCCUCCGAUGAAAAGCACGAAGUCUUCUCUGGCAGGCUGUACAUCUUACGACAUACUGGAUCUACAAGCAGCACGUCGUCAUCCCCCACACGAUCCCCCUCCCGAACCACGGCGCCACCGUCACCUUUCAGGUUCUCGCCUCCGCUAUCCUCCCAACAAUGGUCACCUCAGAACUCCCCAAACUCAUCCCCGACGACGAAAAACAACAAGAAGAUGCCGGUAUUUGUCAAAGUGUACCGGUGUAACCUGGACCACUUUGCCGUGAUCACCCGUGAUGCUCUUUACACCAGCAGGCCUGUCUAUCUGAACCUCCGCCACAGCCGGGUCAUGCCUGGACAGUGCCUAGGCCGCUUCAUUGUCGCUGGACAGUGUGAUUCUGGCAACGUCAUUGAAUUUGAAACUCCGGAACUGGCCACACUCGGGCAGUGGUUGGAUGCCUUUCAUGUUUACACUCCGCCAGGUUCGCCAAACAGAAUCACCGGCAACAGCGGAAAUGUGGGGUCUUCAAACACUCCUCCUAUCCCACGGAGUCCUGCACUUCCAACUCUUACAGAAACAGACGAGGACGAUUGA